CAGAAAUGGGAGGAGUCGUUCCAUGAAUUGAGACCGCCAUCUGGGUCCUCUGUUAUUGCUUUCUUGAAUUCGAGUAACGCCAGUCGGUCUGUGAAGUUGCUGCCUGAUGCAGAAUUGGGCUGAGAUGGGAAAUUGGAAGAGGUGAUGAGUAGAAGCAGCAGCAGCAGCUUCAGGGGAAGACAGUGAUGGGUCUGCUUCAUUGUUUUGACUUGGAAAGGGUUCAUGGAGUUUAUUCGAGCCAGCCAACGAC